GGCAAGCAAAAGGACUCCUGUUCAAAGGACGCCUUUGUCGGCCAGUGCGCACACACAUCCAGUCCAUACGGUCACUGUGACAGGUAGCCAGAAUGCACACAACCUAGUCAGCAUCAGCUCGGAUGGCAAACUCUGCUCCUGGAGCCUUGAUAUGCUCGGUCAGCCUCAGCAGUCCCUCGAGCUGGCCCAUAAACAGACUCGUAGUGUGGCUGCUACGUGUCUCGCCUUCCUUGAUGACGACGUCAACAACUUCCUCGUCGGCUCAGAGGACGGCAGAAUUUACUCAGGUCUAAGACACAGCAAGUAA